CUUUGGAGUACCUCACUGAUACAGGAGUCUCCAAACCCUAACUUUCCAAAUCCAACCCCUUGGUGACAAACAACCUUAAGACAUCUAUCCCAAAUCAAAGCCAAGAUGUCCCAAAAGGUCAUGAGCGAGGACGAGAAGUUCCUCUUCUUGGACAAAGACUUCAUCAACAGCCCUGUCGCCCAAGCAGACUGGGCAGCCAAGAAGUUGGUGUGGGUCCCCUCUGAGAAGCAUGGCUUUGAAGCGGCCAGCAUCAAGGAGGAACACGGCGACGAGGUGUUGGUCGAACUGGCCGACAACGGGAAGAAGGUGACAUGCAACAAAGACGACAUCCAGAAGAUGAAUCCACCCAAGUUCAGCAAAGUGGAGGACAUGGCUGAGCUUACCCAUCUGAAUGAAGCCUCUGUGUUGCACAACCUGAGGGAGAGGUACUUCUCGGGCCUCAUCUAUACGUAUUCUGGCCUGUUCUGUGUUGUGGUGAAUCCCUAUAAAAUGCUGCCCAUCUACUCUGAGAAGAUUAUUGACAUGUACAAAGGCAAAAAACGUCAUGAAGUCCCCCCACACAUCUACUCAAUCACUGACAAUGCCUACAGAAACAUGAUGCAAGAUCGCGAGGAUCAGUCUAUUCUUUGCACAGGUGAGUCUGGUGCAGGGAAGACAGAAAACACCAAGAAGGUCAUUCAGUAUCUCGCAGUGGUGGCCUCCUCCCACAAAGGCAAGAAGGAAUCAAGUGCUCCAUCAGGAUCACAGUUGGCCUAUGGUGAACUAGAAAAGCAGCUUUUGCAGGCCAACCCCAUUCUGGAGGCUUUUGGAAAUGCCAAAACAAUCAAGAAUGACAACUCAUCACGAUUCGGAAAAUUUAUCAGAAUUAAUUUUGAUGUGACAGGCUUCAUCGUUGGAGCAAAUAUAGAAACCUACCUGUUGGAGAAGUCACGUUGUGUCAGACAGGCAAAAACAGAGAGAACAUUCCAUAUCUUUUACUACAUGGUUUCUGGUGCAAAGGACAAGUUACGUGAGGAACUGCUCCUGGAGAACUUCACUAACUAUCGCUUCCUGUCGAACGGCAAUGUCCAGAUCGCAGGCAGCCAGGACGAUGACAUGUAUGAAGAGACCAUGGAAGCCAUGACCAUAAUGGGAUUUACUGAUGAGGAGAAAGCAGGAGUCCUCAAAGUAGUCUCGACUGUGCUGCAGCUGGGCAACAUUGAGUUUAAAAAAGAGAGGAACCAGGAGCAGGCUACUAUGCCAGAUAACACAGCCGCCCAGAAAGUGUGCCACCUUCAGGGUAUUAAUGUGACUGACUUUACCAGGGCCAUUUUGACUCCACGUAUCAAAGUGGGUCGUGAAGUUGUACAGAAGGCUCAGACCAAGGAACAGGCUGAUUUUGCUGUGGAAGCCCUGGCGAAGGCUAUGUAUGAGCGUUUGUUCCGUUGGCUCCUGGGUCGAGUCAAUAAGGCCCUGGACAAGACCAAACGUCAGGGCGCAUCCUUCCUGGGAAUCUUGGACAUCGCUGGCUUUGAGAUCUUUGAGGAUAAUUCCUUUGAGCAACUCUGCAUCAACUACACCAAUGAGAAGCUACAGCAGCUCUUCAACCACACCAUGUUCAUCCUAGAGCAAGAGGAAUACCAAAGAGAAGGCAUCGAAUGGAACUUCAUAGACUUCGGUCUUGAUCUGCAGCCUUGCAUUGAGCUCAUUGAGAGACCGAACAACCCACCAGGUAUCUUGGCCCUGCUGGAUGAAGAAUGUUGGUUCCCCAAGGCCACAGAUGUUUCCUUUGUGGAAAAACUUUGCAACACACAGGGCAACCAUAUCAAGUUUGCUAAGCCCAAACAGCUGAAAGACAAGACUGAGUUCUCUGUUCUUCAUUAUGCUGGAAAGGUGGACUACAAUGCCACAGCCUGGCUCACGAAGAACAUGGAUCCGCUGAAUGACAACGUUACAGCACUGCUCAACAAUUCCUCAAUACCAAUUGUCCAAGAGCUAUGGAAAGACAUGGAUCGUGUGGUUGGUCUGGACACUCUUGCCAAGAUGUCAGACAGCGGUGCACCAAGCUCUUCCAAAACCAAGAAGGGCAUGUUCCGUACUGUUGGCCAGCUGUACAAGGAGUCCCUCGCCAAGCUCAUGACCACCCUUCACAACACACAGCCUAAUUUUGUCCGAUGUAUCAUCCCCAACCACGAAAAAAGAGCAGGGAAGCUGGAUGCUAAUCUUGUGCUGGAGCAGCUGAGGUGUAACGGUGUACUAGAGGGCAUCCGUAUCUGUCGGCAAGGAUUCCCCAACAGGAUAGUCUUCCAGGAAUUCCGUCAACGAUAUGAGAUCUUGACAGCCGGUGCAAUUCCAAAGGGAUUUAUGGACGGAAAACAAGCUUGUUGCCUAAUGAUGAAAAACCUGGAUUUGGACCCCAACCUCUAUCGUAUUGGACAAAGUAAGAUCUUUUUCCGCACUGGAGUCUUGGCCCAACUGGAGGAGGAGCGUGAUCUCAAGAUCACUGUUAUAAUCAUUGCUCUCCAAGCCCAGGCAAGAGGAUUCCUGGCCCGAAAGGCUUUUGCCAAGAGACAGCAGCAGCUGACGGCCAUGAAAGUGAUCCAGAGGAACUGUGCUGCCUACCUCAAACUCAGGAACUGGCAAUGGUGGAGGCUCUUCACCAAGGUUAAGCCUCUGCUGCAAGUCACCCGGCAAGAGGAGGAAAUGACUUUGAAAGAAGAGGAGCUGCAGAAAACAAAAGAGGCUGCACAGAGGUUUGAGACAGAGCUCAAGGACAUCACACUGAAGCACACACAGGUGGUUGAGGAGAGGAACCAGCUUCAGGAGCGGCUUCAGGCCGAGACAGAGCUUUACGCAGAAGCUGAAGAGAUGAGGGUGCGCCUGGAAGCUAAGAAACAGGAACUAGAGGAGAUCCUCCAUGAGAUGGAGGCCCGUCUGGAGGAAGAAGAGGACCGUGGUGUAGCCUUGCAAGCGGAGAGGAAAAAGAUGCAGCAGCAGAUCCAGGAACUCGAGGAGCAUCUUGAUGAAGAGGAAGAUGCUCGUCAGAAGUUGCAGCUGGAGAAGGUGUCUUGUGAGGGCAAGAUAAAGAAGUUGGAGGAUGAUAUUUUAGUGAUGGAGGACCAGAAUAACAAACUUUUGAAGGAACGUAAGCUUUUGGAAGAAAGAGUAGCAGACUAUAGUGCAAACCUGGCUGAGGAAGAGGAAAAAUCCAAAAACCUGGCCAAGCUGAAGACCAAACAUGAGUCCAUGAUAUCUGAACUUGAGGUGCGUUUGAAGAAAGAGGAGAAGACUCGUCAGGAGCUGGAAAAAAAUAAGAGAAAGUUGGAAGCAGAGUCAAAUGACCUUCAGGACCAGAUUGCUGACCUGCAGUCUCAGAUCGCUGACCUAAAAGCACAGCUCGCAAAGAAGGAAGAUGAGCUUCAGGCUACACUAGCACGGUUGGAAGAGGAGACGGCUCACAAGAACAAUGCACUGAAAAAGAUCAGAGAGUUGGAGGGAAUCAUCUCUGACCUGCAGGAGGAUUUGGAGUCGGAGCGUGCUGCUCGUAACAAAGCUGAAAAGGCAAAGCGGGAUCUUGGAGAGGAGCUGGAGGCCCUCAAGUCUGAGCUGGAAGACACACUGGACACCACAGCUGCCCAGCAAGAGCUCAGAGCCAAACGUGAACAGGAGGUGACUAUGCUGAAGAGGGCGAUGGAAGAUGAGAGUCGUGCACAUGAGGCCCAAGUGCAUGAGAUGCGGCAGAAGCACACUCAAGCCGUUGAGGAGCUCACUGACCAGCUGGAGCAGGCUAAGAGAGUGAGAACUAACCUGGAAAAGGCCAAACAGGCUUUGGAGAAAGAGACGUCAGAGCUGACUGUGGAGAUCCGCUCAAUCACUCAGGCUAAGCAGGAUGUAGAAAACAAAAAGAAGAAAGUUGAAAGUCAGUUCAGUGACCUGCAGUCUCGCUACAGUGAAAGUGAGAAGCAGAAGGCAGAGCUGGGAGAGCGUGUUACCAAAAUCACAGUGGAAUUGGAGAGUGUGACUAACCUUCUCAACGAAGCUGAGGGAAAGAACAUUAAGCUGAGCAAAGAUGUUGCUGCACUGACCUCUCAAGUUCAAGAUACACAGGAGCUGCUUGCUGAGGAGACAAGGCAGAAGUUGCAGUUCUCCACCCGCUUACGACAGAUGGAAGAUGAACGCAACAGCAUUCAGGAACAGCUGGAAGAGGAGUCAGAAGCAAAAAGGGUUGUGGAGAGGCACGUCUCCACUCUGACUGUGCAGCUUUCAGACUUUAAGAAGAAGCUGGAUGAGGCAUCAGGCAAUAUUGAACUAUUGGAAGAGAGUAAGAAACGACUGCAGAGGGACCUGGAGGCAGCCAACAACCAGUUUGAUGAGAAGUCAACAGCAUAUGAUAAGUUGGAGAAGACCAAGAACAGGCUGCAGCAGGAGCUAGAGGAUGUAAUGAUGGACCUAGACAACCAGAGACAGACGGUCUCCAACUUGGAGAAGAAGCAGAAGAAAUUUGACCAGAUGCUUGCAGAAGAGAAGAGCAUCUCCAGUAAGUACGCAGAUGAACGUGAUCGAGCAGAGGCCGAGGCUCGAGAAAAGGAAACUAGAGCACUGUCUCUGGCCAGAGCACUGGAGGAAGCUCGGGAUGCCCGUGAGGAGCUAGAGAGGGCCAACAAAGCACUACGUCUUGAGAUGGAGGACCUGGUCAGCUCCAAGGAUGAUGUUGGCAAGAAUGUGCAUGAACUUGAGAAGUCAAAGCGUUCACUGGAGGCUCAAGUGGAAGAGAUGAAAACUCAGAUGGAAGAGCUGGAGGAUGAGUUACAGGCAGCUGAGGAUGCCAAACUCCGUUUGGAGGUCAACAUGCAGGCCCUCAAAGCCCAGUUUGAGAGGGAUCUCCUAGGCAGGGAUGAGAUGGGUGAGGAGAAAAAGAGACAACUGGUCAAACAGGUUCGUGAGUUGGAGACUGAGCUGGAGGAUGAGCGCAAGCAGAGGUCUGCCAUGGCAGCAGCUAAAAAGAAACUGGAGGUAGACAUCAAAGACCUGGAAAGUCAAAUUGAUUCCUCCAACAAGGGACGAGAUGAGGCCAUCAAACAGCUCCGUAAACUCCAGGCCCAGAUGAAGGACUACCAGAGGGAUCUGGAUGAUGCCCGUUCUGCCAGGGAAGAAGUUCUAACCACUGCAAAGGAAAGUGAGAGGAAGGCAAAGAGUCUGGAGGCUGAACUCAUGCAGUUACAAGAGGAUCUGGCUGCAGCAGAGAGAGCAAAGAAACAAGCUGAAGCUGAGAGGGAUGAGUUGGCAGAUGAACUUUCCAGCAACACAUCUGGAAAGUCUGCCUUGGCCGAUGAGAAGAGGCGACUGGAGGCUAAGAUUGCACAGUUGGAGGAGGAACUGGAGGAGGAGCAGAGCAACAUGGAGAUGAUCAAUGACAGGCUGAGGAAGAGUGUACAGCAGGCUGAACAACUGAAUAACGAGCUUCAGGCAGAGCGUGCCACAUCCCAGAAGAAUGAGAGUGCGCGGCAGCAGUUGGAGAGACAGAACAAAGACCUCAAGACUAAGCUCCAGGAGAUGGAGAAGGAUGUCAAAAAUAAGUUCAAGGCCUCCAUUUCUUCCCUGGAAGCUAAAGUUGCCCAACUCGAGGAGCAGUUAGAGCAGGAGAACAGGGAAAAACAAGCUGGUGCGAAGGCAAUGCGACAGAAAGACAAGAAAAUGAAAGACUUGUUGAUCCAGGUGGAGGAGGAACGCAAACAAGCAGAGCAAUACAAAGACCAGGCAGACAAGGCGAAUGUAAGGGUGAAGCAGCUGAAGAGGCAGCUAGAGGAGUCAGAGGAGGAAUCCCAGCGUGCUACCGCCGCCCGCAGAAAGCUGCAGAGAGAGCUGGAUGAGGCCACAGAGGCCAACGAUGCCAUGAGCCGUGAGGUGACCACACUCAAGAACAAACUCAGACGGGGAAACGAACCAUCCUUCAGCAGCAGCAGCAGCAGCAGCACAACACGCCGCACUGGGGGAGUGAGCCGACGGGCGGUGAUUGACACCUCGGAUGCUGCAGAGGAUGAUGUGGACAUGCAGGGUGAUUACAAUGGAACCAAGGCCAGCGAAUAGAGUCACCCUAGUUUUCCCUCAGCCCUGCAUUCUAUCCCGUCACACUGUACCAAAUAGAUCUGCUUAACCAAAGAAUACAAAUUUGAGUGAUCCUGAUACAUUUUGCUUGUUGAUUGCUACCGAAACACUGCUCUACAUCAAUUAAUUGACUGGUUGUGAAUGUAACCCUGACUUUUUUU